AUGGCGCGUUCUUUGUUGCUCACAGCCCUAAGUCUUGGCGCCGCCGCGCUGCCCGCCUCAUCGGGUUCAAGCAAUAUCAAGAACAUCGUCGUCUUGGUGCAGGAAAAUUUGUCUUUUGAUCACUUCGCUGGUGGUUUAGACUAUGAUUCAAGCAUUGAUGGCCCCAAGAACCCCCAAUACUGCAACCCCGCCAAUGUCUCUCUGCCAGACUCACCCCAAGUUUGCGCCAACCCCAUCGCGAAAAACAUUGCCUCCGAUGACCCGAACCACAGCAUCUCAGGCGGUAACAUGCAAGUUUUUGGCACUUACCACCCCGCCUCUGGAGCCCAGUCCAGCAUGAACGGGUUCAUCAGCGAGCAGCGCGCCUCCUACCCAAAGGACGACCUGGCUCGAGCCGCUGAAGCAAUCAACUACUUCACACCAGACCAUAUCCCAGUCUUUAACUCCCUCGCACAAAACUACGUCCUCUUCGACAGAUGGUUUGCCGCCGUCCCAGGCCCCACAAACCCAAACAGAGCCUACCUCACCUCAGGCACAUCCCACGGCCACGGCAAAAACGACGACGACUUCCUCACCUCGGCCCUACCCCAAAAGUCCAUCUUCGAACAACUCUCCGAGAAGGGCAUCACAUGGAAGAACUACGAGAACUCAACCCAAUCCAGUCCAGCCUUCCUCCCCGACGCCCUCUUCUACGACUGGACCGCCAAAAACGCAAAGGACAAUGUCCUCCCCAUCGACCAGUUCUACACGGAUGCCAAAGCAGGAAACUUGCCCCAGUUCACAUGGAUCAACCCCGAAUGCUGCAACUACAUGUCCAUGCACCCUCCGUCCCCAAUUAACAUGGGCGAAAAUUUCGUCAAGGGAAUCUACGAAGCUGUUCGCAAUUCCCCGCAGUGGAAUGAAACCCUCUUCAUUCUGACCUGGGACGAGCACGGCGGCUUUGCCGAUCAUGUUUCUCCCCCGACGGAUGUCCCCGCUGGCGAUAGUCUUACUUAUAGUGAGGCUGCGGGUGAUGGCGAGCAGUAUACUUUCCAUUUCGAUAGAUUGGGUGUACGUGUUCCUACUGUGCUUAUCUCACCUUGGGUUGGGAAGGGUGUUGUGCAGCAUGCGCCUGACGGAGGGAAUGAGUUUACCCAUACUUCUAUCAUUAAGUUUGUGUCGGAGCUUUGGGGGUUGGAUUCUCUGUCGCCGCGGGUAGACUGGUCGCCCUCUUUUGGAAAUUUGUUGACCAACAGUUUCCGGGAUGAUACUCCUGAGACUCUGCCUUAUGCUGCCGACUUUUAA